AUGGUAGAUCCGCCAUCGAAAGACGAGGGUGGCAUGUUCGCUCUCCAUUUGGCGGCUGGGGCAGGAGAUGCGAAGAGAGUUCUGGAAAUCCUCCAAAACCACCCUAGCUCUGGAAGUUUGAGGGAUUGGCUAGGGAGAACUGCAAUCCAUUGUGCAGUGGAAAAUAAGAAAACAUCUGUCCUGGAAGAGAUCGUUGGGAAAUUCCAUAUUGAUGUCAUCAAUCUCGGCGAUAAUUUUGGUCGAACGCCAUUACACUGGGCCACAGAGAAAGGCUACCAGGACAUUAUGCAAUUGUUGCUCGACAAUGGUUCUGAUGUUGACUGUCGUGAUUCUUCGAACCAAACGCCCUUGUCUCGAGCAGCAUUACGAGGACGGCAUGAAUGCGUGUCGCUGCUGCUACGCCGGAAAGCCAGGUCUGAUAUUCCAGAUCAGAAUGGACAAUUGCCUCUACACCUAGCAGCUGCCAACGGGAGGACUGAGGUGGUCAGCCUACUAUGCGACAAAGAAAGUCUUACCUCAAUCGAUUCGGACCAUAAAACGAGUCUUCACCUAGCGGCUAAGUGUGGCUAUAGAGACGCGGCAAAAAUAAUCAUGAAGAAUUUGAUUAUGCCCAAUGUUAAUGGGAAUCACGUUUUCCGCACUUUGGAGCAAGCCGAUGGAUGGCAAAACGACUUUACUGAUAUCGGUGAUGACACUCGCGUGUUGGUGUGGGCAGCUCUGAACGGAAUUAAGAGUAUGACCAUUCGCCUCAUUAGGAGUGGCGUGGAUAUUCAAGAAUAUUCUACAGGCUGCCUUAUGACUGCAAUCCAAGUAGCAGCAAGCGCCGGUCAUACCGAGAUAGUGGAACUACUUCUCAACAACAAAGCCAAGGUCAACGCUAUAGCUAUGGGGAAAAACGGCCGCACGGCUCUCCAAGCCGCAGCAAGCGCCGGUCAUAUUAAUCUAGUGGAGCUACUUCUCGACAACAAAGCCGAUGUCAAUGCUCUACCUGCCGGAUCUUACGGCCGUACAGCUCUCCAAGCCGCAGCAGGCGCCGGUCAUAUUAAGAUAGUGAAACUUCUUCUCAACAAUCAAGCCGACGUCAACGCUCCACCUGCCACAAAUCACGGCCGCACCGCUCUCCAAGCCGCAGUAGGUGCCGGUCAUACCGAGAUAGUGGAGCUACUUCUUAACAACGAGGCCGACGUCAACGCUCCACCUGCCGAAUAUUACGGCCGUACAGCUCUCAAGCCGCAGCAGGCGCCGGUCAUACCGAGAUAG